UCGCGAUCGCACCUAUAAAUCAAUCAGCUGCUCGUCACUCCUCCAUCAGUAGCAACUUCACCGUUCGCACGUACGAUCGCCUGUCUGCCUCGAAUCAUCAAACACUCGAAUCGAUCUUAAAAUGCGUACCCUCAUCGUCGUUUGCUUCGUUGCUCUUUGCCUCAGUGCAAUCUUCACAACCGGAAGUGCGCUCCCGGAGGAACUGGCCGACGAUGUUCGCUCUUACGCCAACUCUUUGUUUGAUGAACUUCCGGAGGAAUCUUACCAAGCAGCUGUGGAAAACUUCCGCCUGAAACGGGCCACCUGCGAUCUGCUGAGUGGGUUCGGUGUAGGAGAUAGUGCUUGUGCCGCACACUGCAUUGCACGGCGCAAUCGAGGAGGCUAUUGUAACGCGAAAAAGGUUUGCGUUUGUCGAAAUUGAACGUUUCGGAUACGAUUUCGAUGAAUAAACUGUAAAUAUGUUUUAUUAUCUGUGUAAUAGAAUUCAAAUAAAUGUAAAAUAUAUCAUGUAUUUUGGACAGGCUAAGUACCUAGAAAAAGUAA